AUGGGACUCAGGAUCUCGUCCAGAUUUGAACACCACAUGUCCACCAACAUGGUCCUGCUGUCCUGGUUCACUGGGGCCAUACUGAGCGCCCCCUCUCUACUGUCCAGGCAGGUUCAGUACACUGCCGAUGGACACGUCUGCCUUGACAACUAUGAUUAUACUGAAAGAUCCCAGAUCUCUGAAGAGGGAAGGGUAAGAAUGAUGGCAGUGGUGAUCUGUCGCUUCAUUUUUGGGCUGCUGCUCCCUUUGGGUGUGAGAUGUGUCAGCUGUUGCUGCAUGAACAGCAGGGGAAACAACCAAGUGAGGUCACAGGUUAUUCGACCUGUGACUAUUGCCCAUUUCCUAUGCUGGGCUCCUGUCAUCUGUCUCUCUGUGCUGCAAGUCACAGUGAGGACAGGCAGCAGCUUGUUCACAUACGCAUUGCCCCCGGCCACUGCCCUGUCAGUCUUAAACAGCUGCAUCUCUCCUAUCAUCUGCAUAUGGCAGGAGAAGAAGGAACUUAAACGUAACUCUUGCUCACAGCCUGAGAGGACCCCUCAGAUGGAGGACAACAAAGAGGAGGGUGAGGAGAUGACUUGCCUGAGACACUGACCAUAAGGAGGACAAUAU